CAUCUUCUUUUAAACUAAACUAAACUUGGGUUCUAAUCCUACAAUCCAGUCUAAUCUCCCUACUCUCUUCCAUCUCCCUGUACGCCACCAGCUCCCUCACUUCUUCCCUCUCCUCCAACGCCAUCAGCAAACUCCAAAAAUUCCUCAACAUCUCAGACCCCAUCUAUGCCCUCCACCUCUGCCGUGCUGAUCUCACUACCGAAGAGUGCACAGAAUGCCAAAAGAAAGAUUUCGUAGUAUGUCCAUCAAUGAACAAGUGACAACUCAGCUUUAAUCUCGUACAAUUCUCUACAGGUGCACCAAAUUUCUUUCUUUUUCUUAUCUUGUGCUUCUUACUGAAGUUUGGGUGAAUACCCAGUUGCUUGUUUUGGAUUCUCAAUUGUUAUUCUGCUUCCUUUGCAGUAGAAUCAGUAAGUAGAGGUAUUUCUUUGGUGUAUUUGUACCCUUGCAAUGUAAGCCUAUUGUGGGAAUUUGAUUGGGCUUUCCAUUUUGAUGGGUUCAUUUGGUUGAUAAUAUCGGUGUGUAUAUGCCAGUGUUUUGCAAUUCAAUUCUGCUUUCAAGGGGGAAAGAUAGUAUCUUGAAGUGCUUUUGAGCUAUAUAUUAUGCUGGUUACUGUAUUAAGUCUGUCUGAUUUUUUAUGAUGACUAUAUUGACAGUGCUAGUUAGGGUGUUACAUGUGUUUUAUGCAAUUUUGCUUCUUGAAAGUAUGUUUUUGGAGUUUCAAUUUCAUUCAUAUUUUGCAUUCAUUCUGCUUUUAGUGGGAAGAUAGUAUCUUGACAUUCUUUUGAGCUUCAUAUUAUAUUGGUUGCAGUACAAGGUUAGCACGGUUAAUAAUAUCAGCCCAGAUCUUGGUUGGGAUGAGAGGACUAAUUUUGUUGUCCUUGGCAAUAUUUUUGGUUCUUACAACCCUUCAAGAAGCAUGGUCACAUGGGGAUCAGCCUCUGUCAAAAAUUGCGAUUCAUAAGGCAACAGUUGAUCUUAAUCGCGAUGCUUAUAUUAAAGCUUCUCCUACAGUCCUCGGAUUAAAGGAGCAAACUACAGAAUGGGUGACAUUGGAGUAUAGUUCUCCAAAGCCAUCAGCUGAUGAUUGGAUAGGAGUAUUUUCUCCUGCCAAUUUCAAUGCUUCCACCUGCCCUGAAGUAAACCCUAGAGUUUAUCCUCCACUACUAUGUUCUGCACCUAUCAAGUAUCAGUUUGCAAACUACUCCAGUCCUGAGUACAAAGACACUGGUAAAGGAUAUUUGAAGCUUCAGCUGAUUAAUCAGAGAUCAGAUUUCUCAUUUGCACUAUUUUCUGGUGGCUUAUCAAAUCCUAAGCUGGUGGCAGUUUCAAAUCAAGUAGCUUUUGCAAAUCCAAAUGCACCAGUUUACCCACGCUUAGCUCAAGGGAAACAAUGGAAUGAAAUGACUGUGACAUGGACAAGUGGAUAUGGGAUCAAUGAAGCAGGAGCUUUUGUUGAGUGGGGUCCAAAAGGAGGCAACCAAGUGCAUUCUCCCGCUGGGACACUGACUUUCGAUCGUAAUAGCAUGUGUGAUGCACCGGCAAGGACAGUGGGAUGGCGUGAUCCUGGAUUUAUACAUACUAGUUUUCUGAAGGAGUUGUGGCCCAAUGCAGUAUAUACUUACAAGCUGGGGCAUAAAUUGUUCAAUGGUACAUAUGUUUGGAGUCAACAAUAUCAGUUUAGAGCAUCUCCUUAUCCUGGUCAAAAUUCUCUACAACGUGUGGUUAUUUUUGGUGACAUGGGGAAGGAUGAAGCUGAUGGUUCCAACGAAUAUAACAAUUUCCAGCGUGGCUCUCUUAACACUACUCGAGAGCUUAUUAGAGACUUAAAGAACAUUGAUAUAGUUUUCCACAUUGGAGAUAUUUGUUAUGCAAAUGGAUACAUUUCACAGUGGGACCAAUUUACUGCACAGGUUGAGCCAAUUGCAUCAACCGUGCCAUACAUGAUUGCAAGUGGUAACCAUGAGCGUGACUGGCCAGGGACUGGAUCAUUCUAUGGGAAUAUGGACUCUGGGGGGGAAUGUGGCGUGUUGGCAGAGACCAUGUUUUAUGUCCCUGCUGAGAACAGAGCCAAAUUCUGGUACUCCACUGAUUAUGGCAUGUUCCACUUCUGCAUAGCUGACACUGAACAUGACUGGAGGGAAGGAACCGAGCAGUACAAGUUCAUUGAGCAUUGCUUGGCAUCAGUCGAUAGGCAAAAGCAACCAUGGCUAAUUUUUCUUGCACAUCGAGUACUUGGUUAUUCAUCUGGUAUCAGUUAUGCAGUUGAAGGAUCAUUUGAGGAACCAAUGGGGAGGGAGAGCCUGCAAAAGCUCUGGCAGAAAUACAAGGUGGACAUUGCCGUGUAUGGCCAUGUGCACAAUUAUGAAAGGACAUGUCCCAUAUACCAGAAUAUUUGCACCAAUGAAGAGAAGCACUACUAUAAGGGCACCUUGAAUGGAACAAUUCAUGUGGUUGCUGGUGGUGGAGGAGCAAGCCUUUCAACCUUUACAACCCUCCAAACCAAAUGGAGUUUCUUUAGAGACUAUGACUAUGGAUUCAUAAAACUUACAGCAUUUGACCAUUCAAACCUGUUGUUUGAGUACAAGAAGAGCAGGGAUGGAAAGGUUUACGACUCUUUCAGAAUCUCCCGGGAUUACAGGGACAUCUUGGCUUGCACUGUGGAUAGUUGCCCAAGCAUGACCCUAGCAUCUUGAAUGACGAGGCUUCUUGUAGUGAAAUCACAUUAGUUAUGAUUGUCUUCUUUUUCUUUUUUUAAUUACAAUUGUGACUGUCUUAUCACAAUAAAAUUGUGAAUAAGUAAUCUCUUCUUUAGUAAAAAAACAAAGAAAAAAGGAAUAAGUAAUCUCUUAUCAAGAUUAUUACUUGAAUGCUAGAGACAGGUUGCUAUAUCUGUAAGAAACCAAAGAUAUAUAAAUAUGCAGGCAUUUGUUUUUAGUUGA